ACACGAUCUCAACAGCAGCCAACGCGAACAGAACCGGUCCGGUGCAGAUGAUGAUUAUCGCGCCCAAUCAUUGCGUACAACGCACGCAAACAAACGUCAGUCAUCCGUCAAAAGCCGAAAGAAAAGAAGCAUCCAUCCGUCGGUCCGGCCGGUUGCGUUGCUCGAGGUUGGCCAGAGAAAAGUAAACAAAGACGCGCUCGCCAAAAACCGGCCAUGACCGAUUCGUUGACGACGGUUGCGUACGGUACGACGGUGCCAUUUCUGCUUCUGCUGCUGCUGCUAAUGCCCAUCGUACAAUGGCUGAUCCAGCGGGCACGCAUGAGCCAAAUUUACGACAAGAUACCCGGCCCGAAAGCGUACCCAUUCGUCGGUACACUGUAUUUAUUUUUCGGCAAAAAGUCUCACGAGAUAUUCACGAUGAUCGAUCAAAGAACGCGCCGGUACGAUGGCAUCCAUCGGAUCUGGGUCGGGAUGACGCCCGAGGUACGGCUGAGCAAGGCGGAGUACGUCGAGCAGAUCAUCAGUGCAAGCCGUCACACGGAAAAGGCGAACCUGUACCGGUUCCUGGCGGACUGGCUCGGAGAAGGUUUGCUCACGUCCAAAGGCGAGCGUUGGUUCCAGCAUCGGAAGCUCAUUACACCGACCUUCCAUUUUAACAUUCUCGAUGGGUUUUGCGAGGUGUUUGCCGAACACGGGACCGUGUUGGUUGAGCGCCUGCAGCAGCACGCCAACACUGGCCGACCGGUGAACAUCUAUCCGUACGUAACGAAGGCCGCGCUGGACGUAAUUUGUGAAACGGCCAUGGGUGUGAAGGUGCACGCGCAAACUAGUGGCGAGGACAACGCGUACGUGAACGCCGUCUACGAAUUAAGUUCACUGUUUCUCGAGCGGCUGGUACGCCCCUGGCUGCACCCGGACUGGACCUUUCGACGAUCCGCGCUUGGUAGAAAGCAGCACGAGCUACUCUCCGUGCUGCACGGAUACACACGCAAGGUCAUCCGGGAGAGGAAGCUAGCGUUGCAGCAGAACGAAGGCGAAUGCAAUCAACCAACGGAGAAUGAGUUUGGGCGUAGGAAACGAUUGGCAUUUCUGGAUCUGCUGCUAAGGAGCGCUACCGACACCGGGCUCCUUACCGAUGAAGACGUCCGCGAAGAAGUCGACACGUUUAUGUUCGAAGGUCACGAUACAACGACGGCCGGUAUGUGUUGGGCGCUGUUCCUUCUCGCCCUCCAUCCGGAUGUACAGGAGCGAGUCCAUCAGGAAAUUGAUUCCAUCUUCGGCGGUACCGACCGGCCCGCAACGAUGCAAGACCUGCACGAGAUGAAGCUGCUGGAACGGUGCCUCAAGGAAACGUUGCGACUCUACCCAUCCGUUGCGUUCUUCGGGCGAACGCUUAGCGAAGACGUUAACCUCGGCGGUUACCACGUCCCGGCCGGUACCAUCAUAGGCAUUCACACGUACAAUGUGCAUCGCGAUGAACGAUUCUUUCCGGAUGCGGAAACGUUCGAUCCGGAUCGGUUCCUGCCGGAAAACAGUGAGCGACGGCAUCCGUACGCGUACAUCCCGUUCAGUGCCGGACCGCGGAACUGCAUCGGCCAGAAGUUUGCGCUGCUCGAGGAGAAAAGUCUCGUCUCAACCAUACUGCGCCGCUUCCGGAUCCGUUCGCACCGUACUCGUUCGGAGCAGCUCAUCGUGAACGAACUAAUUACCCGACCGAAGGAUGGCAUUUUGCUCUAUCUCGAGGAUCGGCGAAACGCUAGCGAUGCGAUCGAUGGUACGCCGGAUUGGGUUUCGCUUACAUAAGCCGUUUAUGCCUUCACCCUUGGGAGAGGUUUAGGGAUUAAGCGCCUUACUAAAGUGCGUCAGCUUUAAGAGAGCAAGAGAGAAAGACAGGAAAGACCGUACCCAUGCAUCAUCACACGAGCAGCUGUGAAGCCGAUAAUCCAACGUGCAUUAAGCAAAUAAUAUAUUCAACUCCCCACGCCCAUCUUCAAUUCCGCCAACGGCCGCGUAGUACAUCGAAGUUAAUUAUUUCAUUUCCCGCACCAGGCCACCACCACAACGGGAGAAAUGCAAAUACACACACAGGCGCGCGCGCGUCCCUAGGAACGAGAUACGAUGGGAGAGAUAAAUAGAUGGCAUGCUUUAUGUACCCGAGAGCCAUCGCACUCGGCACACGUUGAUUAUUCAAUCCAAUUCUUAAAUUUGCAUUGCAACAGAUUCCUGGAGGGUGCAAAAAACCCUAGCACCGCGUACCCGGUGUUGGUCGGUCACCGGGUAAAGUUGAAUGAAAACUACGCUCGGUCGGGAAAAUUCAUCCGAAAUGCAAACAAAUUGUGAUUGCAAAAGUAUGAAAUGGAAAAGCAAAAACCAACAAUCGGCAACAAUGCACACUGACCUCCUCCGGUCUGUUGUUUCUGUGGCUGUGUGUGUGUGUGCGGAUGGUGGUACAAAAGUUUGAAAGUCAAUAUACACUCAGUCCCGUUGACCGAAGGUACAGUACUUGCUGAGUUCCGUACGGGUUGUUCCGGCAAGGGGGCAUAAUGGAAACAAUAUAUUCAAAAAUGGUGGAAUGACUUUUAUUGCACUCUUUAGGCAACCAUCUUUGUGUUAUAGUUGUGACAAUGAAUGAAAACUACAAUACAGCAAAAGAAAUAUGAGAGUUAUAUAAGGUAGUAAAGUAAGAAAACAUGUUGAAUAGAAUUGUGAUUUUUUGGACGCAUUUGUAAAGGAUUUAAAAAAAUCAUCCUAAAUAUAUGCAAUACACAUGACAAA